AUGAAUACAAGAGCGAAUUGUCCACCCAUUGCUAGUCCUUUGGGACGAAAUUACCAGUCGCUCUAUUCAUUCACGCGUCACGUGGCAAUAAGUCCGGACGGUAAAAAAAUCGUCACAUUCAAUCCAGAAAAAAGUGAGUUUGAAAUAUACAAUGACGACAAUCUGACCCAACACUUAAUAAAGUUCGGCUACGAUAUUGGAAAAAACGAAAAUUCAAAUCAAACAAUUGGUUGGUCUCUAGCUAUUUCUAACUGCAUUGAUGAUAGUGAUCGCCUGAUAGCUUUGUCCCGAUUUGAUUCACGAGAUAUAUGGCAUGAAAACCGCACCAAAUCAUCACAGGUUGAUGAGGAGAUAGGAACAACACACAUUGCGCCUAGGACUUGGAUCAUUUUGGAAUCUAGUAAAACCGAAAUUAUCAGUUCAUUUCAAAAUGUUGGCGGUGUAGUCAGAUUUUUAGAAAGUGAUAUGGAAAUAUCUGGUCAAGCGCUAAUUGUCGCAGUAAAUGCUUCCGGAAUAUAUAAAACAAGCAUUAAGUGUAAAGCACAAACUGUUAACGAUCCUUUUUUCACACCAAGCUCCAUCUUUCAAAAUGAAACCAAUUCGAUAGAACAAUUCUUUUUACCAAAACAACUUUCAGUCAGCCUUUUAUCGUCGGAGAGAUGGGAGAGCGGAUUGAUGUUAUUACAAACGAGUAUCAUAAAGAAUCAUUUUUUGAUCAGCGGCUAUAAGGAUCAUUGUCAUGCUGUGGAGAUGUAUAGUUUGAUCACGGGGGAACUAGAAAUGGUGUUCCAAAGACGUGAACCAUCUUAUCUUCCUGCCGUCCCCAGAGGAAAACCAAUUUUCGCAAUCUCUCAAAAUGAAUUAAUGUUAGCAUUCUGUCGUGGAACAAACGCUGUUACUAUCUAUAUGAUGGAAAACGGGCUAGAGGUUGCCACCAAAGAAUUAGAUGGACAAUAUUUUAAUAGAAUCAUAUCAAUUGAUUUUAUUGAAAAUGACAACAAAUUGUUAAUUAUUCUUGAAAACGAAAGUGAAUUUGAGAAAAGAGAGAAUAAUUAUGUUUUUGUUGUUUGGGAUCUCUUCAGCACCUCAAGGAAGGCCGUCCGGCAAGCUAGUUACUCGGAAACACAAGAUUACCCUUUAAAUGCUGAUUCCGCCCAUCGACUCAUAAACUCACGUGGGAAAAUUUUGGCAGUAACGAACUGGGGAGGAAUUUUUUCGCUGCUUGAACAUCCAGGCAUUGUGGCCAUACUGAAUGACACACCAUCUUCACAACUCGUCAAUAUUAACCUUCCAACUCACGAAGACGCUCAUCCUGUGUUUUUGCUCAACGGAGAAAGAAUCGAGGAAACAUCUGUUGUAGAACAGAAAGCAAUCAUUAAUGACAUCGAACCUUGGCAUCCUAACAAACAAUAUAAUCGUUUAUUUUCCUAUCUUGACGAAUCCAAGCAGACCCAACUUAUAGUCGGUCCCAAUACAGUUCAAGUAUGGAAAAUACGCAAAGAUAAAUAUGGUACACCUCAAAGAACUCUUGAAUUUAUUUGGGCAAAGGAAAGCAUCGGAAGCUCAAGAAUGCAUAUUAGACAGCUUCAAAUUGGUCAUUACGAGUUUGUGCUGACAUUAUCUAUUCCCUCUUCGGAGAGGAGCAGCAUCUUUGAGUCGCGUACCAUUCAUUGGCCAAGUAACGAAAAUACAUUAAGGAACGCCUGUCAAAGCUUACACUUUCUAGUCAAUAAAAAGGAGUUUAUAAUCGGAAACAAAAAUGCAAACAGAUGCGAAUAUCUAAUCGACCACACGCAACAACUGAUAAGAAGAUUUAUUAAAAAGCACAGCCUUUUUCGUUUGACCGAUAUUCGGUACAACAUCACAAAAGAUCUUAUCCAGGCUCGCCAAGAAUCAUUAAUACAAAGGAUUUUAUCUGAAAAUAUUAGUGGAAAAAAUAGUUGCAUACACAUCCCAAGGUUAUACGAAUGGUUAGAGUCACCUCAAGAAACUUAUGGUGAUUCGAUUGAUUCGAAAUUGAAACAAAAUAAAUCUACUUUAACGGAUUUGCAAUGUGCCAUUGAGAGUGCCAAUUCUGCGGCGAUUGUAGAGCUCCUUUUAGAAUAUUAUACAGAUAAUGCUGGUGAUUUUAAUAAUCCUGGAUGGAUGUUUACUGUCACUAGUGCAAUUCCAUACUUAUAUAAGCAUAAUUUAGGCGACCUUGUAUUGAAGAUAUUUAAGAAACCUUGUUUUGGAACCACCGAGGCAUAUAUGCCACCCCUUCAUAUUAGCGAAGAGGAUCAAAAAGCCGGAAAUAACGCCGAAUCUGUACAUGUCAUCAACGUGAGGCCAGGGCUUGCGCGUAAAUCCGAACCCAAAAUCAUGAAUUGUCUUACUAAGGCUUUCUGUGGAAUUUUUGGAAGAACUCAGGAAGAAAUUGUUUUCGAUAACCCCGCAAAAGAUGACAGGAUUUUUAGUGAUCGAAAAGUCUACAUGGUUCCCCUUCCAGACUUUACCGUUCUUCCCGAAUCUACCGUUCACCCUUAUUGUUCACCUGAUUAUAACAACGAUAAAAGACGGUUACCAUUACAACUCUUGAGGAUACUCUUCUGGCCACGAUUGCGCGUAAUCUCCGACGAAGAAAAAUAUAGUUCGUUUUUACACGUGAUAGACCACGAAAAGGAUCCCGAUUUUUACAGUGUUCCAUCUAUGAAUGCAGUGACAGAUUUUAAAUGGACAGAUGCAAGAAAGUAUUUUGCUCGUCAAGUGACCAUUUAUAUUUUAUUUUCGAUUUCAUUCAUCAUCAGAUCAAUAUCCUACAUUGUCGAUGCUCCGAUACAAGAUAUUUACAAUAAACUCCCACACACGAACAUUCUUUCUUCGAUGGCAUUGGUCUUUAUGAUCUACUUCGGAUAUUACUUGUUGGCCACGGAAGCUGUCCAAAUAAAGCGCAUGGGAUUGGUUAAACAUAUUAACCUCUACAAUAUUUUCGAUUUGGUAUCAGUGCUUGCUCCCUUAACAGUGGUCGCCAUUAAAGAAGGGUUAAUUAAUGUUGCAGCGGAACCUUUUCAGAUUAGUUUGGCAUUUACGGUAUUGAUCAUGUGGAUGCAAUUGUUACUAUUGAUGAGAUAUUUUAAAUAUGUAGGACACUACAUUUACAUCAUUAUCCACAUCUUAAAUUCCAUCUGGCCUUUCUUUGCAUUUAUGUUAAUUGUAGUGAUUGGAUUUGGACAUGCAAUGUUUGUUUUAUUACACAAAGCGGACCCAUCCUCGUUCAGAAUUGAUUCCUACUCUAUUGUCGACCCAAAUAACGUAACCAAUAACCUCUUUCCCGACUAUCAAAUUCAACAUCAAGUUGAUCAGAAUUCCAGACUCGACAAUUACUAUUCAUUCUUCUUUUCCUCAGUCGAAGCAGUUUUCUUUUGGACUAAUGGGCGUUGGGAUCAAAUUAAUCAAUGGGAUAAUUAUGCACUUGAUGUGAUGACCAUUUUGGGAAGUUUGGUAUUAGUGCUUAUCUUUCAAAAUAUGUUAAUCGCAUUUAUGAACGGUGCAUUCGAUUCAGCCAACGAACAUGGUCGCAACGCAGUUCAAAAUUUCCGUGCCGACCUUAUAUUCGAAUAUGAGACUCUGGAAAAACCUCUUUGCCACAAACUCCGAAAUCCACGUUAUAUCUAUUAUAUUCCAAAUCCCAAUCUUGUGAAUAGCUGGCUCUCCGAUAUUGCUAAGGAUAAGAAAACUAACGAUGGAGGUCGUUUCGAUGAAGAAGAUAAUAAUUUUGAUUCGGAAUUUGAUGACAAGUUACCUAAUUCGGAACCUAAAUGUGACACGUAUAUCGAGUUAUUUGAUGAAGAAGAUAAAUCCUCAAAAUUAUCUCUUCCUUCACUUAGCAUUACGGGACCUCGAGAAAUUACACGUUCAUCCUCACCAUAUGUAAAUAUUUAUAAUGGAGAUGUAAAUACUUUAGAAGGAAGCGUCGCCGAAGUAACUGAUCUGAAAUUCGAUGGAUAUCUUGGUGUAGAGAAGUCUUCACAUGAAAGAAUGAUGCAUAAUCUGGAAGGUGGAAUUGUUCAGAGACUUAAUGCAAUCGAAAAUGGAUUUGCGGAGAGACUAAGUAAUUUAGAAAAUUUGCUUUUGUCUCUGAAAAAGACCUAG